CACCCAAAAAUAAAUAUCUCUCAUGGCAUGUUUACCAUAUAAUGGCAUUUCUUUAAAAAAUUUCUCCAAUGCCAUUUUGUUUGGGGGGUAGGAAAUGCACAUGCUUAAAAUUUUCUCCAUUACCAAAUUUUCCAUUUUUUAUGGUCCCAAAAUACCGGGGCCAUUCCAUAUAUGUUUCAACUGAACUCUCUCUCUCUAAAUGGCAGCCAUUUCUUCUUUCAUUUCCACUGCUCCCAACCUCAAUUCCCACUGCGCUCGUGUCUUCUUUCACCCAAAUCACAGUGGCAAACUCCGCAAGCUCCGAUGCGCAGGAGACAAUCCCGCGAGGGAUUCAUCAACCAACAAGGAAUCCCAGUCCGAGAAUGUGCUGCUCAAGGCGGCAUGGUACGGCUCCGAGCUCCUAGGGAUUGCCGCUUCUUUCUUCCGUUCGCCAACGAAUGCCGAAGCUCCCACGCACGUGCUUGGGCUCUCCGAUGAUGGGUCGGGCCCUGUUAAUCGUGCCGUGGUUGUGGAAACUAUUAAAGAGGACUUCCAGAGGUCAUAUUUUGUCACAGGAAACCUGACACUCGAUGCUUAUGAAGAUGAUUGUGAAUUUGCUGAUCCAGCUGGUUCCUUCAAAGGGCUUAGCCGUUUUAAAAGGAACUGUACAAACUUUGGGUCCCUUCUAGAGAAGUCAAGUAUGGACCUUACAAAGUGGCAAGAUCUUGAGGACAAAGGAAUUGGACACUGGCGUUUUAGUUGCAUCAUGUCAUUUCCUUGGAGGCCAAUUCUUUCUGCUACUGGGUACACAGAAUACUAUUUUGAUUUGCAAUCUGGGAAAGUAUACAGGCAUGUGGAGCACUGGAAUGUCCCCAAAAUGGCUCUACUCAAGCAAAUUCUAAGGCCUAGCCGGUGGUUUUGGGCCAAGAGAGGAGGUGGUUGAAAUUUGUUACAUGAUCCUUCAAGCCAAGCACUGUUUCAACGAGCAGUACAUCAUAUCUGCGGAUGUCAGACUGGAUUAGUUUGUAUAUGCCAGAUCUCUUCAUGAAGGGGAAUUGCAUACUCUUAGUUAGCUGGUAGACAAACAUUGUAUAUCGAACCUAAACAUUUUGAAUUUUCAAUAGAGGUAUUAUCCCACUAGUAUAUUUUAACUUCUAUCAGAGGGCAAAAUUUAGUCCAUGCAACCAAUACUUGCACAUCUGCCUAUGCUGUUACUGUAUGAGCCCUUCAUGAUCUUUGUGUACAUGGUUUACAGAAGCUCUGCAACUAUAUGAUUUAUUUGUGAGUGUA